AUGGUGAAUCCAUUCUUGUUCCAUGCACCCCUUUUUUUAUUUCCAUCUUGUCUGUUUUCUAUUAUUGAUAAACUCGGGAUUCUGCCAGCAGCCCAGAGGAUUAUUUUCUUUGUGUUUUGCGCUCGCACGGCGGAGCACUGCGGCCAGGAUAUGAGUGGUGUGAGCCAAAAUGAAUGGGGUAAUAUGAAGGAGGUGCAGCUGCGCCCGGCCACGCUCUCAUACCUCUCCGAGUGUGCCGGGUUUCGGUACAUGGCGCCGGUGCAGGCACAAACCGUCCCUCUCUUGCUGCGAAACUACGAUGUUGUAGUGGAGGCGAUCACAGGCAGCGGAAAGACGCUGGCGUACUUGUUGCCAUGUCUUGAAAUGUUGCAAAGGGAUCGAGUGAUUGAAGUCUGUAGGGAACAUAAAAAUGCCGUCGUCUCUAUAGUUGUGCUGCCAUCGCGCGAGUUGGCCCAGCAGGUUCAUUUGCUUGCGAAGAAAAUGCUCCAUUUUGUUUCGCAUGUGCAUGCAGACGGAACGGCAGGACUUCCAAAUUACUCGUGCCAGUGCUACAUUGGGGGCCGCGAUAUCACGGUGGAUGUGAACAUGUUCAAGAAAGCGGGUGGCCAUGUUUUGGUAGGCACACCGGGCCGACUCUACGAGUUGCUGGUGUCUUCGAAAUACACGAGUCUCUUUAAUUUUUCAGGGUUUGAGCUUCUUGUCCUUGACGAGGCAGACAAACUGCUUGAAUUUGGAUUUAGGGCGAAACUGGACGCCAUACUGAAGCGGCUGCCGAAGCAGCGGCGCACUGGACUUUUUAGUGCAACGCAGACGAAGGAAUUGGCAGAGUUGGCCCGUGCGGGGAUGCGGAAUCCGGUGUCUGUUACGGUGAGAGUAGGUUCUCUCAACUCCGCCAACAUGGACGGGGAUAAACCGCAGAUUCCAGAGCUUUUAUGCAAUUACUACACGUUUACACGAGCGUCAGAAAAAAUUGAUCGCCUCAUAGAUUUUCUUCGGGAACGCCGGGAGCAAAAAAUUAUAAUUUACGUGAUGACAUGUGCCAGCGUGGAUUGGCUACACGCCGCUCUUGUUGAUGUGCUGCUGAAGGAGGACGCGGAGCACAUUUUUGCCCUGCAUGGGCAAAUGAAGCUUGAGAAAAGACAACGCGUGCACCGGGCUGUGACAAAGGGAAAACGUUGUGUUCUCGUCUGUACAGACGUGGCGGCGCGAGGGUUAGAUAUCCCUGAGGUUGGAGUUGUACUGCAGUACGACCCCCCUGUUGACCCGUCAACGUUCAUUCAUCGCAUCGGUCGUACGGCUCGAAUGGGACGCCAAGGGGAAAGCCUUGUCUUUUUGAUGCCCCAGGAGUUGGAGUAUGUCGCCUUUAUGAAGCUGCAAAAUGUGCUAUUGCAGCCGUAUGAUGAGGAGAGGGAUAGUAUAGAGGCUGCACGGGAGUUUGUGAGUCGUAUGAACGCCAAGCGGACUUUGAUGAGCUCGCAGAAAGAGAGACGAAAGAGGAUUCAACAAGUACAUAAGGAUCAGAAGUUGAAUCGUAAGGAACGUCGUGAGAGGCUACGCAAGGAACGCGAGGAGGCGCGCAGUGGGGACUCUCGUAUGGCACGGAAAGAAGUGGUGGGAGAUUUGUGCGAGAGUCCAUCGAUUCUUGCGUUGCGACACGCAGUUUGGGAUGAUACGGAUAACAAACUGCUUGGGCUGGCAACGCGUGCCUUUGUUUCCUUUAUUCGUGCAUACAAGGAACAUGAGUGCCGUUACAUAUUUCAGCUGCAGCUGAUUGACCUUACUGACCUGGCACACAGCUUUGCUCUCUUCCGGGUUCCUAACUGUGGCGAAAUUAAACACAUGCAAAUUCUGAGGAUUCCUUUACAGGAUGAGUUGCAGGAGGUUUUAAAGGUUGUGGAUGAGCGUACACGCGAGAGACAAGAGCGUCGAGCUCAGCUCAGCGGUGUGCGACGUCCACAUUGUGAGAGAGAAGAUGAGGACGAUGUCCAGCUGGAAGAAGAGAGAGCAAGGGUGGAAGAAAGGGCCCUGAAGCGACAGCGCACGGAGCGCAAUGAGAAACUGGAGGCACUGAAGUUGACUACAAUGACCCGCGGAGAGCGGAGUCGUGCGUGGAAGCAGGCGGAAAUUGACGAGCUGCUGAAGGACAGUUAUUAUGUGAAGAAGGAGCGGCAGGGCAAGCUUAGCAGCCGCACGGUGGACGUCAUCAUGGGCGUCGAUGCGCUCGAGAAUGCGCUGCUGAGUUCCCGUGAGCGGCAAGAGGCGAAGAAAGUGCGCCGCAGGACGAGGUGA